AAAACCCCGAAUUGCUUUGAGAUUAAAAAAUUUAGAAGGUUGUAUUAAGGCUUAUGAACCCGAAUAUAUUGCUCUCCCAACCCCCGAGGAGUUUUUAGCCAGAAUUAGGGGAGAAGUAGAAGGCUACACCCGAGUAAUUGGCUACGAAAACAUUAUUGAAAUAGUGGCUAAAUAUCUAAAAUCCUAUCAUUUUGCUAAAAAAUAUGGCACUCCUCCUCCUGCCCAGUUAAUGAUAAUGUUAUUGGGAGAACCAGGACUGGGAAAAACUUAUAUUAGCCAAGCCCUAGCCAAAGCCCUCGGACGAGGAUUUCAUAUGAUCGGAAUGAACGGAAAAUUAAAUGCCUCUCUGAUUACAGGGACUAAUAUUGAAAAUCCUGGGGCCGAGCCAGGAGAAAUAUUGAAGGCUAUUAGCAGACGAGAGGACCGAGGUUGUGUCAUAGUUUUUGACGAAAUUGAAAAAGCAGCCCGAGAAUGUAAAGAAGCAGCAGGAAUUCCCACUGACAUUACUACCAAUAAAAAUUACCAAGAUACUUUUUUGGAUUUUCCUACUCCGACUAAUGAAUGUAUUUUUAUUGCCACUGUCAAUCGACCCCAAGAUGUUCCUGGUUUUGUAGCCGAUAGAUUUGCUAUCCGAGUAGAAGUUUUGCCAUUAUCCUACGAGCAAAGAUUAGAAGUAGUAAGAGUAGUAUUACAAUCAGAAUUAAAAAAGUUAGAACCAGCCUUUGAAAAGAUUUAUCAGAAAAAGUGGGAGGAAAUUUACUCCUUAUUCGACCAAGAGGAAUUAUUGAAAAAAACUUUGACUUGGACUUUUAGUAUUCGAGGAGCCAAGAAUAAUGUGUUGUUGAAAUUAAUUCCUACUUUGACUAGUGAUUUUUUGGAGCCUGAAUGGGAAUUGCCGAAUGAAUAUGAUAUCCAAAAUAUUUAUCCUUUAUUGAAUAAUUUAGGAGGAGAUAAAACCCUGGCCUUUCGUUGUGAUAGACUUUUAAAGAACAAAAUCAUCGGAGAAAGCAGCAGUCUUUUUAAUGAUUUAUUAAUUUGUGAAUUAGAAUAUCGGCAAAUGCUAAAAUUUAAGGAUUUAUUGGGAGAAUUAGCCGACAAUUUAAACAAUCAGACCACUUUGGAUAAUCAGCAGCAAGAAAAUAUUUUAGCCGACAUUAAAAAAUUGAGAGAGGGAAAAAUUAAUCAGGCUAUUUAUAUUUUUAAAGAACAAAUUGAGAACCUUUUCUUAUUGGGCUCUGAAAAUAUUACUGACGGCAAACCUUUCUUUCAAUUGGGAGCCAUUAAGGAGGAUAGCGAGAGAGGAUUGGCGGUUGCUACUCAAAAUAGAAAAGGAUUUAGUUUGAAUAAUCCUUAUUUAGGAGUAGUAAAUUUUCAUCAGAAAUAUUUUCGAUUUUAUCGGGAUUAUCCGUCUAUUAUUCAUAGUUUAGGGGGUUUGAGUAGUAAUAAUCAUCCGGUUUAUCACCAAAGGAAUUUGGGAGAAUUGGAAACCCGAGUAAAAAACCAGCAAAUAAAAGGUGAGGAGAUGUUUUGGCUAUUAGAAAUAAGAAAAAAGCAAAGAUUAGCCGAAUACGAAGCAGCAACUAACGACCCCGAGGAAAAUGAGGAAUUAGAGGACUGA